AUGUUCUCCAGUGGCUCGACUCUUGCUCCUUCUCAUGUUGGAUCAGUCCCUUCAUCAACUGUUCACAUUCCGCAACCUCCAACAUUCUGCUUGAGCAGUCCAGUCCAUGCCUAUGGAUUUGGACAGGCGAACCAGCUGCAGAUGAACUCUUUCCCGUUCACGCAAUUCCACUCCAUGGGACAGGGCGUAGCCAGUAAUAUGUACACUGGCAAUCCUACCUGCCAAGAGGGUGCAAACGGAAAUCUGUCGGGUCUCGCAAGACAAAGCGCUCCAAAAAAUAUAAGGACGAUUCCAUUCUGUCACCCAAAUCUCAACUUUUCCUUCAAUAGCAGUUAUGGUCAGCAUGUCUCCAACGACGAGAGCAUUCCUGGCUAUAGUUACCAGCACGGCCCAAAAGGCCUUUUUGACCACCUUGGCCGGAACUCUGCCACGUCAAAUCCAUGGGAGUUCAGCAGUGGCAUGGUUCACACAUCUAUGGACCUUUUGAACUCGACACCCGCUUUCAUUGGACUCAAUGACACACCAGUUUUGGACACACAAAAUUAUCAACCGCAUUCUAGGCUUGCCGACCACUCCCCCUUUGUGCCCAUUUCGAAAAUGCCACAGGCGCCAGCGAUAUCUUUCCAACAGAUCAACAACCAGGUUCUCCGGAGAAUAUCCCCUGAAGGGCCGGCCAAACCAGAGCCCGAAAGUUGCCGUAGGCCGAGGACGGGACUCGCCAAGGAUGUCCUUGAUAACGUGACAUCCAAAGAAUACAUGGAGCGAAAGCACAAAGACUGCAUUGAGGACUUAUCUGUCCAUAGUACUGAUGCGGACAUUCUGGAUUUCAGUUCUUGUUUCCCUGCGCCCCCUCAAGACUCUUUCAAUAAGGCUCUCGGUAUCGCAGACCCAGCCACAAGUGUGAGCGCCCCUACAGCCAAAACUGCUUCUUUAGAUGAACUGAAUGUGACGGAAGUUUCUGAUCGUGAUCGUCCUACGACGGCAUCAACUGUCUCGACUGAUGAAACUUCGGUUUCCCGGCCGAGAGAGCCUACCCACACGGGCAAGUUUCGUAACAAAAGCAGGCUUGAGAAUAAACGUCCCGGGGAUGGCUCCACGCCCGGCACGACCCAGGCUGUUCUUGGAAUUUGCGGGGAACCAGGAGAAAAAUGA